CAUUGGACGGCUCGCUCAACUAUUUGGGGAGGAGCUCCACUGGCAGCAAAAAGGAGGAAAGAAUUUAACUGCGCAAAAAGUCCUGUCUGGUGACGGAUGUCCUGAGUCCAAAGAGGUUUUUCAAUGCGCGUUUGUUUCACAGAGACACAGAGAUGGGGACGGCUUGAACGCACCAGAGACCCAGCAUCUGUUUAGACGCCACUUCUCUGUUUUCACUUUGUAGUUUAAAGUGAGCAGUGAGGGACUGUGAUUUGAGCGCACCAGCUUUCAGAGGAGGGAGAAGUGGAGCUCUCCGUGACCGUCUGCCUAUUUGGGACCUUAUAUUGUCGUCGGAUCAAGGUGAAGACAUGCAGGCUCGCUACUCCGUCUCCAGCCCCAACUCACUGGGCGUCGUGCCGUACAUCAGCAGUGAUCCGAGCUACUACCGGGCCGCUGCCGGUGGAGGAUACACAGGGAUGCCAGCACCCAUGAACAUGUACUCUCAUGCGGCUCAUGACCAGUACCCAGCCAGCAUGGCCCGUGCGUACGGACCGUACACCCCGCAGCCUCAGCCUAAGGAUAUGGUCAAACCUCCCUACAGCUACAUUGCGCUCAUCACUAUGGCUAUCCAAAACUCUCCUGACAAGAAGGUGACCCUGAACGGGAUUUACCAGUUCAUUAUGGAGAGGUUUCCAUUUUACCGAGACAACAAGCAGGGCUGGCAGAACAGCAUCAGGCACAAUCUGUCGCUCAAUGAGUGUUUUGUCAAGGUGCCUCGUGAUGAUAAGAAACCCGGCAAAGGCAGCUACUGGACCCUGGACCCGGACUCUUACAAUAUGUUUGAAAACGGGAGCUUCUUGAGGAGGAGGCGGCGGUUCAAGAAGAAGGACGCGCUGAGAGAGAAAGAAGAGCGGCAGCAGAAGGACGUGCCGCCCAGGCAGCAGGGCCGGGAUCAGGAGCAGCCGGUGCAGGGCUCCCAGCCUGUCAGGGUCCAGGAUAUUAAGACUGAGAACGGCACGGUCACGCCGCCACAGGCCGACUCACCCUCUUUGAGGACCGUGCCCAAAAUCGAGAGCCCGGACAGCAGCAGCAUGUCCAGCGGGAGCCCUCACAGCAUCCCCUCCAGCCGCUCCAUUGGCAUGGACAGCUCCGAGCACCACCAGCAGCACCACAGCCAGGCCUCGACGCAGGGCUUCAGCGUGGACAACAUCAUGACCUCGCUCCGGGGGUCUCCACAAGGGGCCACAGAGCUCAACUCCAGCCUCAGCGCCUCAGCCAGGACAGGUAUAACACCGUCAAUGUCCCUAAACUACUCCCCAAAUCAGACGUCUGUCUUUAGCUCACAGUGUAACCAAAACUCAAUCUCCACUACCUCCAAUGCAACCUAUCAUUGUAACAUGCAAGCCAUGAGUUUGUACGCCGGGGACAGAUCGAGCCACUUGGCACCGAGCACCACCGUGGACGAAACGUUGCCAGAUUACUCUGUCACGACCACCGCGUCCUCCCUGAGCCACGGUAAUCUAAACUCUGGCCAGGAGGGCCACCAUCCUCACCAAGGGAGGCUGACCUCAUGGUACCUCAACCAGGCCGGAGACCUGGGCCAUCUGGGCGCAGCGUACCCAGCCCAGCAGCAGAACUUCCAUUCAGUCCGAGAGAUGUUUGAAUCCCAGAGAAUUGGCUUGAAUAACUCGCCGGUGAAUGGGAAUAACAGCUGUCAGAUGUCAUUCCCCCCGAGCCAAUCCAUCUAUCGCACUUCGGGAGCUUUUGUAUAUGACUGCAGCAAGUUCUGACCAAAA